CCCCGGCUGCAGCCCGCCGGCUCGCCAGUGCAGCCGCGAUGCCCCGGAGCCCGAGCUCGACCCCGGCCCGGGUUCCCGGCCCACCGCGUAUUUAGCCUCCGUGCGUCCCGAGCGCGCCACCGCCAACGCCGCGCCCCGACGCAGCUAUGGGCAACACUGUGCACAGGACCCUGCCAGACUCGAGCCCGCCCGCGCGCCUCCUGGCCACCCGGCCUUGCUGCGGCCCUGGCCCGGAACGACGCCCGGUCCUGGGCGAAGCGCCGCGUUUCCAUGCACAGGCCAAGGGCAAGAACGUGCGGCUGGACGGCCACUCGCGCCGGGCCACGCGGCGCAACAGCUUCUGCAACGGGGUCACGUUCACGCAGCGGCCCAUCCGGCUAUACGAGCAGGUGCGGCUGCGCCUGGUGGCCGUGCGCCCGGGCUGGAGCGGGGCACUGCGCUUCGGCUUCACGGCGCACGACCCGUCGCUCAUGAGCGCCCAGGACAUCCCCAAGUACGCCUGUCCUGACCUGGUCACGCGGCCCGGUUACUGGGCCAAGGCGCUGCCCGAGAACCUGGCGCUGCGCGACACUGUGCUGGCCUACUGGGCGGACCGCCACGGCCGUGUCUUCUAUAGCGUCAACGACGGCGAGCCCGUGCUCUUCCACUGCGGUGUGGCCGUGAGCGGCCCUCUCUGGGCGCUCAUCGACGUCUACGGCAUCACCGACGAGGUGCAGCUCCUCGAGAGCGGGUUCGCCGACACGCUGACGCCCGCGCGCCUCGGCCAGGCCCGCUUCAGCGCCUGCCUGCCGCCCAGCAGCCACGACGCGGCUAACUUCGACAACAACGAGCUCGAGAACAACCAGGUGGUGGCCAAGCUGGGCCACCUGGCGCUGGGCCGCGCCCCGGGCCCGCCGCUCGCCGACCACGCGGCCGCCGCCAUCCCGUGCGGGCCCCGCGAGCGCCCGCGGCCCUCGUCGUCGCCGGCGCUGCUAGAAGCCGACCUGCGCUUCCACGCGACGCGCGGGCCCGACGUGAGCCUGUCGCUCGACCGCAAGGUGGCCUGCGCGCCGCGGCCCGACGGCGGUCGCACGCUUGUCUUCUCCGAGCGCCCGCUGCGGCCCGGCGAGAGCCUCUUCGUGGAGGUGGGCCGCCCGGGGCUGGCGGCGCCCGGUGCGCUGGCCUUCGGCAUCACGUCAUGCGACCCGGGCGGGCUCCGGGCCGCCGAGCUGCCCACCGACCCCUACGCGCUGCUCGACCGCAAAGAGUACUGGGUGGUGGCGCGCGCCGGGCCCGUGCCGAGCGGAGGCGACGCGCUCAGCUUCACUCUGCGGCCCGGCGGCGACGUGCUCCUGGGAGUCAAUGGGCGCCCGCGCGACCGCCUGCUGUGCGUCGACACCACGCAGGCGCUCUGGGCCUUCUUCGCAGUGAGCGGCGGCGGCGCCGCAGGCCAGCUGCGCCUCCUCGGCACCCUGCAGUCCAGCCCUGCAACCACAUCCCCAUCAGGAUCCCUCAGCGGCUCCCAGGACGAUAGCGAUUCCGAUAUGGCCUUCAGCGUCAACCAGUCCUCCUCGGCAUCUGAAUCAUCCCUGGUGACGGCCCCCAGCUCCCCACUGAGCCCACCAGUGUCCCCCGUGUUCUCCCCACCGGAGCUGGCGGGCAGCAAGAACAGCGAGUGUGCCGUGUGCUUCGAUGGCGAAGUGGACACAGUCAUCUACACGUGUGGACACAUGUGCCUGUGCCAUGGCUGCGGCCUGCGGCUUAAGAGGCAGGCCCGGGCCUGCUGCCCCAUCUGCCGGCGGCCCAUCAAGGACGUCAUUAAGAUCUACAGGCCGUAG